AUGGAGGAACUCGGACCGAUUAAGAAAGGAUUGCCCGUCGGCAUACAUAGGCUCAUCAACAACUUUCGAAUCAAUCUGACAAAAAUUACUUAUGGGGGUGAUUCGGCAGCAAGGCUUGCGGUGGCUGGUUUGAUCUUCCCUGUUUGUCGUGUCCGCUGCCUUCCCCGCAAGAGUAAAUACGCUCAGUAUGUCUGUGCUGGUGCCCCCGUUCACCUUACCGACCUCGCCGCUGUUCUCGGGUGCUCCGCCGCCGUUCGUGGCAACAAGGAGACCUGUAUCAACCCACAUCCCCUCCAGCUCGCCGUUCGCAAUGAUGGGGAGUUGAACAAGCUCCUGGGUCACAACACCAUUUUGGUGUUUCCCCCAAUAUUCACAAGAUUCAUCACAGUUAUUGCUAUUGUCUAG